AUAUAUAUAUCUUUUUAACUAAAGACUUCCAUUAUUUGAUAUAAGAAACUGAUUGAGGAUAGAAUAAAUGCUCUUGUUUAACUUUUAUUUUGCAGUGUGACGUUUCUUCAGAAGCUUGUAAACAGUUAGAAUUAGAAAAUCAGGAAUUAAGAGAUAAAUUACAGAAGUUGGAAGAGCAAAUAGCAGGUAUACAUUCUAGUGAGAGAGCUGAUGUGUCAGUUGCAUCACCCGAAGAGAAGAAUGGUGAAAUACAGGAAACACCUGAUAAAGUGAAAGAAAAGAAGGGACAGGAUUUGAAAUUCUCCCCUGAGCAAGCAAGGAGACUAAAAGGAGACUAUGAUGAUGUUGUGAAGAAAAAUCAAGAGCUUGAAAGCAGAAUCCUCCAAAUGGCUAGCGAAAUGCAAACAGAGAAAGAGAAGUUUGAGGCAACAGUUGGGGCAAUGUCAAAGCAGUUAAUGGACUUUGUUGAGAAAAUGAACAAACUGGAGGUGGAAGCUAUGAAGUACAAGAGAGAUUGUUCAUUAGUGGUACAGCUUUUGAAGUGUAACCAGUCCCUGGACAGGAAGUUUGUUUCUCAAAAAAUGGAUACGUUACCAUCAGAACUGAAAGACAAGUUGACAACAGAGCUUGACCUUAAAGAAGAAAGACAACCUCUCAGCCAUCCAGACUGGAGCAAAAAACUCUGGAGAACAAAGAGUAUGGGGCCAACAAAUGCAAAAACAGAGCCACAGUCAAAGACUGUACGUACACCUAAGUUCAGUGAAUGAGGAAUAUCAAAAAGUAGUCCAUCCACAAACACUUUGAGCAUAGUUUGCAGAGUGCAUUAGAUUUAAGUCAUCAUAGUGAGCACUUGACACAAGUAAGAAUGUGCAUUUAGGUUUUUUAACUGAAAACUGAUUGAAUAGUUUAAAUUUUUAAUUUUUUCAUGGCAGCGUUAUCAAAAUUUUAUUGCCAGAUAAAAUUUAGCAACUGACAGAUCUGGCCAAUAAAUUGUAUAAAUAUUUUUUUUAAGAAUGUAACAGCCAUCUGGCUAAGCCAGGUACCUCACUGUGUUUGUAAGUGUCCUGACCUAGAACCCCCCC